AUGGCUCCCUCACUUUUCUCAGCUACCCUGGUCUCAGCUCUUGCUACUUUUUCCGUCGUCCAAGCGUCUAAUACGACAGGUUACGACUUUAUAGUUGUUGGGGGUGGCACUGCCGGUCUUGCUGUUGCCAGUCGCUUGAGUCAAUAUCUGCCAAACAACACAGUCUUGGUCAUCGAAGCCGGUCCUGAUGGCCGCGAUGUACCUGGCAUCUACAUCCCUGGUAUGAAGGGUAGUACACUAGGUGGUGUUUACGACUACAACUUUACCACUGUUCCGCAACCCUAUGCUGGCGAUCGCAUCUGGGCACAGAAUCGCGGAAAGGUGCUUGGAGGAAGCUCUGCUCUAAACUUGAUGUGCUGGGAUCGUGCUUCGGUGGCCGAGUAUGAUGCUUGGGAGCAUAUCGGUAAUUCUGGAUGGAACUGGAAUAGUAUGAUCACAAGCAUGCUCAAGGUUGAGAAUUAUACUCAAAGUGUACAUCCUGGACAAGAGAUUGAUCAAGGUGUUGGAGUUGAUGGCCCGAUUCACGCCACUAUCAACAGAAUUCAACCAACCGACCAAAACACCUGGAUUCCGACCAUGAAGAACUAUGGAUUUCCUGAGAACAUGGAGUCUCUCGAUGGCAACCCCCUUGGUGUCUCUCUUCAACCCAACAACAUCGAUACUGCUAAGUACACACGUUCGUACAGUCCCGAGUAUCUGAAAAUUGCUGGAAACAACCUUCAUGUUAUGACCGGAUCUCAAGUUGUCAAGAUCAACACCGAGACAAGACGUGGCCAGGUCGUUGCCACGGGUGUCACGCUCAAGGGCAACAUUACCAUCGACGCUUGUAAGGAGGUUAUCUUGAGUGCUGGUUCCUUCCAAUCUCCCGGUUUACUUGAACUUUCUGGUAUCGGUAACUCAUCUAUCGUCGCUGCAGCGGGUAUCAAGCCAGUUCUCGAGCUCCCUAGCGUGGGCGAGAACCUGCAAGAUCACAUCCGCAUCCAAAACAGCUUCAAGUUGAAAAACAUGAACUCCUUCGACGAGCUCAAAUACAAUGCGACUUUCAAAGCUGAACAGCUAGCACUUUACAACGCAAACAAUGUGUCUAGCUACGACUAUGCCGCUUCUGGUUUCGCUUACUUGACCUGGCCACAAGCACUUGGCAAUGAGUCUACUGCUCUCAUAGAAGUUGCUAAGAAUGCUACGGAUGCCAAGGCUUCUAUUGUUGAUAAAACCAAGCUUGGUUAUCUGACUGGAAAUAAAAGUCACUCCAUUCCUCAGCUUGAAAUCAUCUUCUCUGAUGGAUACACCGGUGUGGGAGGCUACCCUCUCGCAAACUCUUCUGAGUACGGCUCCAACUACUUCACUCUGCUGAGUGUUAUCAUGCACACUCUAUCUCGCGGCAAUGUCCACAUCAACACAUCCAAUCCCCUCGGCAAACCAAUCAUCGACCCUCGCUAUCUCAGCAACGAGUACGACCUUCAAGCCGCCAUUGCCGCCACAAAGCUCAACCGCAGAAUCGCACAAACGACACCAAUGAAAGACAUCAUUGCCGAGGAGUACGAGCCCAGCUCCGCAAUCCAAACAGACGAGCAAUGGAGAGACUUUGCCCUCAACCAUACUCUGACUAUUUACCAUCCUCUGGGUACUUGUGCUAUGCUCCCUAAGAAGGAUGGCGGUGUUGUUAGUCCCGAAUUGAAGGUGUAUGGAACGACGAAUCUGAGAGUCGUAGAUGCGAGUGUUAUUCCUGUUCAGCUUUCUGCGCAUAUCCAGACGGCCAUUUAUGGUAUUGCUGAGCGUGCUGCUGAGAUGAUAGCUGCCGAGUGGUCCGCUUAG